AAUUCUCUCUACGGCAACGCGCAGGGUUUGAGGAUGUCACAUUUAUCGUGAUAUUUGUGUUUUGUUGACUGAAGUUCCUAAUUAUCAUUAGUGUGUUGAGAUCCUACUGUUAUUUGGUAUCGUUUAUUAUGAAACCCUUGAUUGACGGUAUAAUUAGAGUGGGAUCGGAUUUGGGUUUUAUUGUUGCUUUGAUAGUCACCAAUACCGUUCUGCAGAAUGUUGGUCCGUACAAAAGAGGAUACUUUGUUCAAGAUGAAUCAAUUAAAAAACCAUUUAGACAGAACACUAUCUCAAGUACUGUCCUUUAUGUAGUUUCCUCACUACUAAUACUGAUUACGAUAGUUGUCGGUGAAGUAAUUGUUAGUGCAAAAUCUUUAAGAAAAACUCAUCAUAGAAUACCGGUGGUUUUGUAUCCAAUUUAUGAUUCUCUUAUUGUUGCUUGUUUUGGCUACUUUGCUACUAUCGGUCUUACGGAUGUAGGUAAAGUUUCAUUUGGUCGUCUCCGUCCAAAUUUUCUUGAUGCAUGCAAACCUUCUGACCUUCAAACUACGAUCUUGGGUUUUGUUGGUAAUUUUACUUGUUCAUCAGACAAAUCAAGUGGCCUGAGAAAAUCUUUCCCAUCUGGACAUACCUCAAUUGCAAUAUAUACUGCUAUAUUUCUAUGUCUUUAUAUUCAACUGAGAUUUUCACAUUCUCGCAUGUAUCCGGGUGUAAGAACAUGUUUUCAAAUGAUUUAUGUCGCUCUUGGAUUAGUUGUUGGAUAUUCACGUAUUAUCGAUAAUAAACAUCAUUGGUCUGAUGUACUUGGUGGUGGACUAUUAGGAUUUUUCGUAGCACUAAGUACUCUAUAUUACCUACCGUAUGUUGGAGACACUGGAAAUUCUCUGCCUACUUACAGAGAUGAUCAAGUGACAGUUACAAAUGCCCAAAUGCCCUGGUACGGCCGAGAGUGGGGAAAGUCAGCUUUCCCUCUCGAAAUGCUCUUACAUGGUCACGUGCAUACAACCACUGCCAGGGAAUUCUUACUCACUGCCUUUCGCGUCGGAGGUGUUGUUUACGAAAUUGAGAGGACGAAAAGCGAAUAUCCGGCGCUUUAACCGGGUUGGUGAACAUGGAGAGUCUACCUAGAGUGGAAUUUGAAGUACCCGAGAAUUCGGUCUUCAGUCCAACUGACAAAUCUUCACAAUAGGCUGUAUAUCUCAUGAACAAUAAUCAUAUGUAAGAAGAUAACCAUAGUAACUACUUUCUUUUUUUUAUAAAUUCCAGAACAAACAAACAAAAAAUGGCUCAAAUAUUAUUUACCCCUUAUUUUUACUCAUCUCAUCUAUUUCAUCAUAUCUUAUGGAUGAAUAAUAAUAUUUUUCCAAUUUUUAUUUUGAAAAACUUUUUUCUACUUAUAUCCACCGACUCCCCCCCUCCACCUCCACCCCUUUAUGUUUUUGUUAUCAGAUUAAUUAUGUAAAAAUGUUUAUACUACUUAAAACUGUUUUAUAAGUAGCCAUUGAUUUGGUUAUUUUGUAAACCUUUUUUUUCUUUUUAUCAAAACAAACAAACAAACAAUAAUGAUUAUUAUUAUUAUUAUUUCAUAUUAAUCAUUAGACAUAUAUUUAUAUAUGGCAUUUGUAUUAGAAUUAAAUGGUGAAAUAUCAUUUUAUCAAAUGAGGUUACAUAACAAUCAUGGGGUAAGCUAGAAAAAUAAUUUCUGAGUUAGAUCAUAGUUGUAUGUUUGUGUGUGUGUGUUUUCUGUUUUCAUACCUAUCCAUUGGACUAUUAUCUAAUCUAUCCAUUAGUUUCUUCUUUUACUCUAUGAUUAUUAUGUAAUCUUAGUUGAUAAGACGAGUUUUAAAUCCAUGAUAUAAUGUAAUCUUUUCUAUCCUUUUUAUAGACUUAUAUAUUUUCCAUAUAUAUAUAUAACUAUAAAUACCUUUAUUUGAACAUAUUCUUUUGACAGACAUAAAGAGAGAGAAAGAGAGAACCAUUCAUUCAUAUUGUACUUUAUGUUUUAUUCAAUAAAACAAUUGUAUGAACUA